GAUUGGACGGAAGAAUGAAACGCCCACUUGGGUUUUCUUCCGGGUUGCGAUCAUGGCGUGUUGCUGAACAACAUGUGAGUUUUGGUACACACGCCGGAGAUUUAAUACAUCAGAAACAACAUCAAACAUGGCAUCAGUGGAAGAGGACUUCCCUCGAGGGGGGACGGCAAAGAAACAUGCUGAGAGUAAAAUAGUGGUGCAGCGGACAGAAGUGGACAACUUGUUCCAGUCAAACGAACCAGUGGAAACUAAGAAAAGAAAGGGGGCGGUCAAAGAUGACGGCAAGAAGCUCAAGAAACCGAAGACGGGCAAAGAAAAAGAAGGUCUGACGCUGAAUGCAGCAGCCAAGUGUGUGGAAAUCCUACAUCUCAAGAAUGUGAAGGAGGGUAUGCUGAUGCUGGGCAGUGUGAAGGAGGUAACAGACUUUGAGGUGACUGUCAGCCUCCCUUGUGGCAUGCAAGGCUACCUGAGCAUCAAGCACAUCUGUGACUCGUACGCCAAGCUGCUCACAGAGCAACUGGAUUCAGCUGAUACAGAGGAGAUCUGCUCUUUACCACACCUCCUCUACCCUGGCAUGGUGUUCAGGUGUAUGGUUGCCAAGUUGGAUACAGCCAAAAGUGGCUCUCUAAGCAUCCGGCUGUCAAUCGAUCCAAAGCAGGUCAACAAGGCUCUCACCUCAAGCUCUCUGAAAGCUGGCAUGAUCUUGAGUGGAUGUGUGGAGAGUGUGGAGGAUCAUGGCUACAUAGUUGACAUCGGCAUCAAAGGAACCAAAGCCUUCCUACCCAGGAAAUCAGUAAAAGACAAACAUAAUAACUCAGAAGAGCUGAAAGUGGGUCAGUAUCUGACUUCUCAAGUGGAAGAAGUGAAGAAUGAAGGACGUGUGGUCCACCUUUCUGUCAGCCCCCCGAACGUCGCACAGGCCUAUGCUGAACCCGAGCAGGGCUGGAACCUCACUAACCUUCUGCCUGGUCUUCUGGUCAAAGCUACGAUCAAAAAGGUGACCAAACAUGGACUGAUCCUGGACUUCCUGUCCUCCUUCAGUGGCCAGGUGGACUUUCUCCACAUGGAGCCAGAUCAGGCAUCCAGCUACACAGAGGGAGCCGAGGUUCGGGCAUGUGUGCUGUAUGUGGAGCCGUCAACUCGCCUGGUAGCCCUGAGCCUGCGCAGCUACCUCCUUCAGCCCGGGGCCAAAGUUGACCCCUUGCCUGCUGGAGGUGAUCGCAUUGGAGAGGUUGUGAAGGACUGCAAGAUGACUGCUAUGCACCACAUGUCUGGAGCCAUGUUGGAACUGCCAGACAAAACGAAGGCCUUUGUACAUAGGAACCACCUGAAGGAGUCUAAAGAGCCGUCUAAUGAGAACAGAGUGAUGGCCAUGCCUGAGCACACCUGCAGGAUCCUGGACUUCAGCCCUAUGGACCAAAUUCAUUUUGUUAGUCUGCGCAAGACUAUGAUUGAGAAGCCUUUUUAUAGAUACCACGAUCUUCAAGCUGGUCAGAUUGUAGAGGGGACGGUGUCAGUCCUGCUGCAUCAUGGCAUGGUGGUUCAUCUGUCUGACCACAUUAAAGGCCUGGUGCCUCGCACCCACCUGUCUGAUAUCCUCCUAAAGAACCCAGAGAAGAAGUACAUGGAGGGCAUGAAGAUUAAAUGUCGGGUGCUGACAGUAGAAGCAGAGAAUAAGAAGUUGUACCUGACCAGAAAGAAGGCCCUGAUUGAAAGCCCCCUGCCAUUGUUCCUCAGCUAUGCUGAUGCCCGUCCAGGCCGCGUGUCCCACGGAUACGUCGUCUGCAUCAAAGACUUUGGCUGCAUCGUUCGUUUCUACAACAAUGUCAAGGGACUGGUGCCGCUCAGGGAGCUCAGCUCAGAACCCAUCUUGACCCCUCAAGAGGUCUUCUACGUGGGGCAGGUGUUAAAGGCUAAAGUUCUUCAGUGUGACCCCGAUAAGUCGAAGAUGGUGCUGUCAUUUAAGGCUGCGGUGGAGGGAGUCACAGAGGCCCCUCCCAAACCAGAGUUUGACUGUGAGGUGGGGAAGAGGCUGGAGGCCAGGGUCCUGAAAAAGUUACUCAACGGCCUAGAGGUGGCCAUCCUCCCCGAUGAGUUCCGUGCCGUACUUCCAACAAUGCAUCUUUCUGAUCACAUGUCCAACUGCCCUCUGCUGUGGGAGAGCCUGCAGGAGGGAGACAGUGUCUCAAACCUCAUCUGCUUCAACAACACCAAACAGAAUGUCAGCCUCACCAAGAAACCGACAGUGAGGUGGUCACUGGAGGAAGGAGUGGUUGCAAAGGAUUUCUCUGAAAUAAAAGUUGGAAUGCAGCUGAUUGGCUGGAUCAAGAACAUCAUGGCCUAUGGCGUCUUUGUAGAGUUCCCAUACGGCCUUGUUGGUCUCGCACCCAAGUCGGCCAUGACCGACAAGUUCCUCAGUGAUACGACAGCUGCCUUCCAGCUGGGCCAGACGGUGUUUGCUAAAGUGACCAACCUGGAUGAGGAGAAGCGACGUUUCCUGGUCACGCUGAAGAUUUCAGAGGUCACGUCUCCAGAGGGUGACGUCCAGACCAGACUCAUUAAUGGUCUGCAGGAGAGAAAAGUGGUGACUGAAAUGUUAGCGAUGAGAGAUAACAGUGAUCUCCACCAGCAGCUGGCUGCUCUGUCUGUCGGCGAGAAGCUGAAGCUGACUGUAGAUACUGUGACGGACAGCGGUGCCAUCUUUACGUCUGAUGAUUUGGCCGGUGCUACCAUACAGGCCACCAAGCACCACGUCAUGGGUUCAAAAUUGACCCCAGGACAGAAAGUUACUGCGGCCAUCCUCCAUAUUGACAUAAUGUCAACAUGUAUCCAUGUGUCCAUCCUUUCCAAGCUGUUGGGGAAGAAGAAAUCUUUAACCGAAGGCUCAAAGUACACAGCAAUAAUACAGCACAUCGACAAAGACUUUGCCGUCAUCUCACUGGACGAUACGGCACAGCUGACUGUCAUCCAAACCAGGAGCCACCUGAACGAGGUCUCCCUGUUCGAGUCGGACAAGCUGAAAGCAGGCAUGACUUUGGCCGUUGAGGUUAUAGAACCCAGCUGUCAGGAGGUGCAGGGGCUCGCUCUUGUGUCGUGGCAUCGUACUGCCUCCAAACGACAGCGCACGGCCUCAGAGAACCAGCCAGGCUCCAAGGGUCACUGCUUUGGCGAUAUCGUGCAGGGUAAAGUGCGGACGGUGAAGCCUACCUCCAUCCAGAUCACACUCGAGGAUGGAAGCACGGGCAACGUUCACGUGUCUGAAGUGGUGGAGGUCUCAGAAGUGUGUCAGGGAUAUUUCCCCACAUCCUCGGUUAAGGUGGGCAGUAUGGUCACAGCCAGGGUCAUUGGAGGACGAGAAGCCUCCAGUCACAGAUUCUUGCCCUUCUCCCAUCCCAAAUAUACAUACACCAUUCCUGAGCUCACGCUUAUACUCAGCAAACUGGAUAAGAGCACAAACUUAAAACCAGUUACACCAAAAGACAAACUGAACAGCUAUAAGGUCGGAGAAGAAAUCACAUGCUUUGUAUCAAAGUUUAAUCCAGAGAAGAAGUCUUUGGAGGUCACCAGUGAUCUAUGUGUUACUGGGACAGUUGAACUGCUGGCUAUGAUCACUGAUCCAAAGGAUGCCGGCCACCCGGAGAAACUCUACAAGCUGGGCCAAGCAGUCCGUGCCCAAGUGGUGGAGGUGAACGCCAAACCUCAGCGCCUCGUGCUCUCACUCACUGGUGUCCAUAAGCUGGAGAAAGGCACUGUUACUUUGGGGAUGGUGACUAAUAUUCUGCCACAAGUUGGCCUAAUGGUCAAACUUCCCUUUGGCAGCAUGGGGACUGUUGCUGUCACUGACCUGGCUGAUGCCUAUAAGCCAAACCUCUUGAAAGGGUACAGCAAGAACCAGCUGCUCAGGUGUUUCCUUCUUGGGAGUGAAAAUGGCAAGUGGCGGUUGUCUCUACGUCCAUCAAGGCUGAAUCCACAGCAGGCCAAGCCGGUGAAGGACCCAGAAGUUUUGUCUAUAAACGAACUGAAGACAGGCCAGAUCAUCAGAGGCUUCGUCAAGUCUGUGGGAGAGCAGGGAAUCUUCAUCAGGUUGUCCUGGAGCAUCACAGGAAGAGCUGAACUUCAGAAAUCUACCAAGUACUUUGUCAGCAACCACAAGGUCCUCUCUGAGCAUCUUCCUCCCAACACCCUGCUCACUACCAAGAUCGCCAGUAUUGACAAAGAGGAGGAGCUGGUCAACCUAUCUCUGCUCCAAGAGGACACCGGGAAGCCCGACAUCCUUCCAGAAUCUCUCAGUCUGCCGCUACGUCUGAUCGGAGAGGAGAAGAAGACAUACGAUCAGAAGAAGAAACGCAAACUGUCUGAGAGUGAACAGAAACAGGCAGAGGUCCCAAAGAAAAAGAAGAAGAAGACAAAGAAAGCAAAGACUGAUGACAGUGACAGCGGAGUGGAGGUAUACUUCAGAGAAGAAGAAGAAGAUGAAGAAGAGCCCAAAUCUGAUGCUCAGGUGAUGCAAAGCUCAGUGGGUCCAUCCAGACUACAGGUGGCAGCAGGUUUCUCUUGGGACGUAGGACUGAGCUCCCUGAAGCCUGCGUCCACAGCGGAGGAGGCGGACUUCAGCGAUGGAGAGGACCAAGACAGAAGCAGCAAGCCCCAGAAGAAGACUCGCCAUGAGCUCGAGCAGGAGAAAAAGGCAGCAGAGAAGGCCCUGGUAGAGCGCGAAGCUCAGCUGAUGGAUCCGAGCCUGCGGCCCCAGGAUUCAGCCGCCUUCGAGCGCUUGCUGCUUGGUUCACCCAACAGCUCCUUGCUUUGGCUACAGUACAUGGCUCACCAUCUACAGGCUACCCAGAUCGAGCAGGCCCGCGCUGUGGCCGAAAGGGCCCUCAAAACCAUCUCCUUCAGGGAGGAGCAGGAGAAGCUGAAUGUGUGGGUGGCCCUGCUGAACCUGGAGAACAUGUAUGGCACAGAGGAGAGCCUAAAGAAAGUUUUUGAGCGGGCGCAGCAGUUCUGUGAGCCCAUGCCCGUUUACCAGCAGCUGGCUGACAUCUACGCAAAGUCCGACAAGACCAAGGAGGCAGAGGGCCUGUAUAAGACGAUGGUGAAGCGUUUCCGUCAGAAUAAGGCGGUUUGGCUGAACUACGGGACCUUCCUGCUCCAGCAGGGUCAGAGUGACGCUGCCAGUGCUCUCCUGCAGAGGGCGUUGAAGAGCCUGCCCUCCAAAGAAAGUGUGGAUGUGAUCGGCAAGUUCGCUCAGCUGGAGUUCCGCUAUGGCGAUGCAGAGAAAGGUCGUGCCAUGUUUGACAAAGUCCUGACGAGCUAUCCAAAACGUACAGACCUCUGGUCCGUCUUCAUCGACCUCAUGGUCAAACAUGGAUCACAGAAGGAUGUCAGGGCACUCUUUGAUCGUGUGAUCCACCUGAGCGUUUCAGUGAAAAAGAUCAAGUUCUUCUUCAAGCGCUACUUGGAGUACGAGAAGAAGAACGGCACCCCACAGAGCGUCCAGGCAGUCAAAGAGAAGGCCAUGGAGUUUGUGGAAGCUAAAGGCACCGAGGCUGCCAACUAAUGACCGUAUACACACAAUAAUACACACAUUGUGUAUGUGUGUGGACUGUUGGGGAAACAAGUUUGUGGCUCUGGAUGCUCAUAGAUUCCACCACAUAAAAAAGAUCAACUUAUUAGUUUGUAAUUUAGCUUUUUCUUUUUUAUAUUGCUGCUGACUUUGGACUAUUGAACCCGAACGUCUGUGUUUGAUGCUGUAAUGUUGCAGAACACACCAAACCUUUUGUAAAGUGGGUUGUAAUCAUCUAUAAAUGUUAAAAACAAACUGUAAUUUAACAUUUCAUCAACUUCAUUUUAGUCAGUUUUGUAUGAAAAUGUGUGUGUGUGAGCCAUGAAGAGUAUAAUCAAUUACUAUUAACAUGCAUUUUUGAAUGGAUUUAUUAAAACACAUUUGUGGAAAUAUUUUCUAUUAAAUCUUCAAUAAAUCCAACACCAUUACAAUA